CUCCACACAGUGGCAGGAAGUUGUCCAGAUAUCCGCAGGGCCUCUGAAAAAAGAGCGAGUGAACAAAGUGGGCUGGGUGGUGGUGUGGGAAGGUGUUGGCGGUUGUGGCGGCGAUGAUGGGAUUGGGCAACUUCACUCAGAGUUAACUGUUCAUUGUGAACAGCAGGACUGCAGCUACACCACAAAGCUACAGAUUUAAGUGUAUAACACUGUGAGUCGCAGCUGUAGCUCCUGGAGAUCAGAGGCAGGUUUACCAAACAGCUGGACUGGACUGCUGAUCCCUCUGGGCAGAGAAGAAAAGGCCCACCGCAGCUGGUGAACAACCUGAAGAUGUUUGCUCUGAGGACGUUUGUUCUGCUGGGACUGAGCUGGACAUGUCAAGCUGCGUCUGGUGAUCCGUGGGGUCAGUGUCCAGUCAACAGAAAGUGUAAGGACAAGUUUGGAGACGAGUCCUGUGACAGGGAGUGCAUGGAGCCCGAGUGUCUCAGAGACGGUUUCGACUGCCUAAAGGACCGGGGCCACUGCAAUCCGGGCCACAUCCAGUACUGCCGCGAUCACUAUGCCAAUUCCCACUGCGAGCAGGGAUGCGACAACGCUCCCUGUGGAUGGGACGGGAGCGACUGCUUCACACACCAGAGCCCCCUGUGGGCCAAAGGCACCCUGGUCCUUCACGCCAACUUUCCACAACAACGUGGCGCCUUUUCCAACAGCUCCCUGCUCUGGGCUCUCAGCAUCCUCCUCCAGUCACCACUCAAACUGAGAGGCUCUGCCCCCCUCGCCACUAACAGGAACUUGUUUGACUUUGACCCUCAGCAGCUCGCCAGCCUGCUGGCUCAGGCAUCUGCGGGUGACUCAAAUGGCUCCCUCCUUUUCCUCCAAGUGGACAACAGGCCAUGCUCCCGCCUGCCCUCUACCUGUUUCCCUUAUGCCACUGAGGCAGCCAGUUUCCUGCGUGCAGUAAUGUUGCUAAAGCCUGGCUCGUUCCCCACUCUCCCGGAGCUGAAGGCCGUCAUCAGUAUUAGAGGUGUCCGAGAGGAAAUAGGAAGCAGAGAGGAGGAAACGGUAAAAGAGGAAGUCAAAGAGCCGACCCCUGCAUGGCUAUGGGCCGCAAUUGCCGUAGCGAUUGGUCUGCUGCUGGUGCUGGCCCUGGUGGUGUUCCUGGUGGUGAGGAGGGUGAGGCAGCGGCGGGCGGAGAGGGAAGGUGGUAACAGGGUGAGACACCGGUCUACGGUCACAGACAAUAACUCCAAAUCCAAGGCCUUGACACCACACCCAGCCCAUCAAGACCAGAGGGUCAGGUCAAGCAGAGAGAAAGAGAAGAUCAGCUUGAGGAAAAAGAAGAAAGCGAAGGAAGCAGAGAAAAAGAGAAGGAGGGAACCGCUGGGGGAGGACGCCAUUCGAAUGCGACCUCUCAAAAGGGACCAGGAUAUAGGAAGUGACACAGACUUUACCCAGAGUUCAAUGGAAGACAUCAAUGCGAGAUGCUCCAGACGACAGGAGGAAGCCUCCAUCUGUGACCACAGGGGCCAGGAGCAGAAACACUACCGGGCUGGAACCUCGCAGCCCCGCAGACCUGUACAACCUCCACCUAGAGGAUGGGAGAGAAACGCCAUGCCUCCUCCUCUGCUCAGUCCUCCUCAGCAGUCGGCAGAGUGGUGUGGCCCGGAUGGGUCUGUGGUUCUGAUCCGAGCGGUGCGUAGCGGGCUGGACAGAGUGGUCUUGGAGCUGCUGCGAGCAGGAGUACCAGUCAACAACACUGAUCAUACUGGGAGAUCAGCCCUGCACUGGGCAUGCUCAGUAAACCACCUCUCCCUAACAAGGACCCUCAUUCGCUACGGGGCCGCUGUGGACCUGCAAGACAACAAGGGCGAGACUGCUCUCUUCCUCUCCGCCAUCCAUGGUUGCUAUGAUACGGCCAGACUUCUCCUCCUUCAUGGUGCCAACCUGGAGCUGCACGAUCGGAGAGGACGUCGUCCGAUGGACGUGGCCAGAGAGGGCAUGCAUCACCAGGUCCUGGAACUCCUGUUGGCUCACCAAAUUCAGAGAGGGCCUGUUCCCGUCGACUCGGCCAACGACAUGCUGUGGGAGGAUCGCACCCUGAUGUACUCGCCGUGGGUCGGAUCACAAGGCAUGCCUGGAAGAAGUGCCUCCUUCUCUGGGAUCAUAGGGCAUCGAGAUAUGACCCCACCUCCACAAAAUGAUUGGUCGAUGGGUCGAGUGCAGUACCCCUCUCCUCAGAACUGGAGACCACAGCUCAACCAAUCCGCAACAGCACUGGUCCCUCCUAGAGUCAUGGGCCGCUCCCCUCGGCCAAUCAGCACCUUACAGGAGGUAACAUCAGAAGACGAGGAUCGUGAUAGGCAUCAGGAAGUCCCCAGAGCUGCAACACCUCACUUCCUGUCGCCCCAGCCUGCCCCUCGGCAGCGUUCCUUUUCCUGCACCCAGCAUGCAUUGCAGCGUCGCUCCAGUGCCCCCCAGCCAGAGCCCAAUUAUAUUAUUGUGACAGACAGAACAGCCAAUGAGCCCAUAGAAAGAAUUGUUGUUUCACCUCCUACAGAUGCUGCCGUCCAAUCAGAUCGCCAGCCAGUUAUAAAUGGUGACACUCCCAGUAGAGCAGAACAAUUAGCGGUGAGUUCAGCAGAUUCAGAGCAGAAAUCCAGAGGUGAGAGGUCAAACAACAUUCCUGACUCCACACAAACAGCAUUGUAGAGAAACCAGCAGCAAAACAUACACAGCUGCCUUUCCAUUCAGCCCAUAGAAAAAGCAACGGAGAACACAUGAACAUAAUGACUUACAAUUACAGAGAGGCUAGGAGUUUAAGUUUGGCAUUUGGUGUAUUUUGUUGUUCAGCCUAAUACAAACUAAAAAGCUUACAAGGAGGCCGAAAAACUAGAGGGAGUCCAACCUUGAUUUGCUGUAAUUUUGGGACCUUAAUUAUUAUCCAAUAUGCAUCUGUUGGGUGUCGCCUGACAAAUGUUCUUGUAAGAUUACUUAUUUGUUACAUUCCUGUCAAAUGAAUACACAGCAGCACUUCCCAAAUCACCUCCACAGUUUCUUACUCAGCCUUGCCUAAAUUAUUAGUAUAAUAUUUUUAAUAGGGAGGGGGGUAUUGUUCAUAUUUUCACAUAUUACAUAGGUAAAAAAAAAUAACAUGUCUGAGAUGAAUGCCAGUUAAACGUGAUGAAUAUCACAGUCGCGCUGCAACAUCUUGUGAAAGUUGUUGCCAAAUAGUGUAAUAUAUUCCCAUGGUCCUGACUUCUAACAGGUUGUAUUCUGAUAAUUGCGGAAACAAUCAAAGAGAAAUUAUUAAAAGAAGCAUGUGCAUGGUAGCACAAAUAUGUCAGAAUCAUGCUGAUGCAUGCAAUAAAGAGACUUUUCAUGCAAAUAAUGUGGAUUUCUAAUUUUAUUUUCAAAUUCUCUUGCAUCAGAGUCAGGCAGGGCAGAAGCCACAGGGGUUUCUCUAUAACUUGAGGAACCCUCCAGUAAAACACAGAGCCACUGAAUGUGCAGGCAAAGUAAUGCUGCUGAAAAUAUGCUGCCAGAGUUAUUGACUCAUUGGUGAGCCAGUCAAAAAGCUCCCAGCAACCUGAUAUAACAGGGUGCAAUUUGGAAGUCUCCAAAGUUUAGAAUCACUUUGGGUUGCUGACUCACGAUCCUCAACCAGAGAUUCGAUAAACACAGACUUAUGGUAGCUGACCUUUUCCCCCUUUCUGUGGCGGUGAAGUCCCAGGCCAGCAGCUACUGUCCUGAGAAAACAUCCUACUACGCAUUGCCUGUUUGUAUCCGCCUCCAGAGGAGCAGCUGGCGAAUAUAGAGGGGUGUCAGGUGUCUUAAUGUGGUCCUCCAUUAUUUUUGGGUUUUGUAUGUAUAAAGAUUAGCAGUUCUGAUCUGUAGACAGAUGACUGAUCCUCACAGUGUCAAGGACACCUAUAAUCCUUGGACAGUGUGCAUCAUAUUCUAGAAUGCCCCACAUUCCAACCAAUGACAUGCACAAAAUAGACUGUAUGCACUCAACAUUCUGUUUCCUUGGUUACAUUUGGAAUACUGAGAUUCGGGCCAUUAAAACAAACAGGACUGACCUUUACCAGUCAUGCUGGGUGGGGAAAAAAGAGAGCAAAACGUCCAUUUGCAUUUUUUAUUAUUUGUUAGUAUGAGUACAUCAUUAAAAGAAGUGUGUGGAGGACUGCAAGCUUUCAGGUUCCCACACACACACACUUUACACACACUGGUCGCUCAAAUGCAAAUUAUGCACUGAAGUUGCUCCGUCUUUUUACUUGUUUAAAAGGUCUUAAAUAAUGUCCUAAUAAUAUCAUAUAGUCAAAAGGGACAUUUUACUGCAGAAUGAGUACUACAUUUCUUACCGAGGUAGGAUUUUCAAUGCAGGACUUUUACGUUUUUGCAGUGGUAUUGUUACUUAAGUAAAUGAUCUGAGUACUUCCAUCACUGCAAAACGGACUGCUUGCAUAAGCAAUGUGCAUGAAGAUAAACGGUUAUAAUGUUGCAGUGAGAAUGAGGCAAAUGGACACAUAUUCUCCACACCAAAUGACAAUAAAUAUAUAUAAACAAAUGGUCUUUAGUCGACAUGGCAACAUGCAGACAAAUGUUGAAUGGGUGUGACAGUGGGAGGAUGUCCCCCAGCUCGUUCUCAUCAUGGGAACGUGGAGCAGGAGGCUUCAUCCUCUCUUUAUUACCUGUUAAAACCGAUACUUCAUUCACAAAGUGUGCUUGGAGGAGAGGUGACUCUCAGGUUCCCACACGCACACGAGAACACGAGUUAUUUUUUUAUUUUUACUAAACACAUUAAUUGGAAGAGCCGCGCGUAAAAGUAAAGACUUUACGCGCGCCUCGGUUGUCCAUAGAGAACUAUAGUAUUACAUUUGACAAAAUGUAAUGUACUUGAAAAUAGAGAUGACACAACGACUUGAUUCAGUUUUGCUUACUGAAUGUGGGAGACUGUCCACACCGACAAACCUAUAAUAAUUUGGGCAAAUGUUAGAGUAGCUCCUUCAACUCUCUCUCAUGGGAAACUUGGGCAGGGAGCUGUGUUCACACUUUAUUACGUGUUAGAAUCGAUACAUCAUUACGAAGAGUGUCUGAGAGAGAGAAGACGCUUUCGGGUUCCCACGCGUUGCUUCUCAGAAUGCCAUCAUGAAAUGUACCAUUUGGUUUUAAUCUCAUUAUUUCACAGGUAUAUGCAGAGCCAUGCGUAAAAGGUAGCCUAAUUUUACGCGCGACACAUAUAUGCUACUCUCAGCAGACUUUGCAGAUUGUUUGUUCGUUUGUUUGUUUUGAAUACAAUAAGAUAGAUUUCGCUUUGAA